GAAUUCCGAGUGCUGUUUCUAUCAAUAUUUUACACAUCGUUUCUCCUUUAAUUUAUUCUCAGUAUGUUUAUUUUUCAGUGUAUGAAAACCCUGGCAAAUUUUAACAUUGGUAAAAAUAAAAUAAAAUCCCCUGGCAAAUUGCAUUCUUUAUAUGUGCCUAACUUCAAAAUUUUCACUUUUUUUUGGUGUUUUGAUCUAAUGGAAUGUUAUUUAUUUUACAGGAUAUAUAAUUCCUACAAUAAUCUAUAUUUUGAUCUUGUUAUUACUUCACUGCCUUUACAUACAGCAAAAAUCUCUGGUUUAUAGGUUUUUUUUUUAUUUCCAUAGUUGGAAGGAUUUAGCAUUCAAGCUCUUCAAUUGCCAUACAUAGUCCCUUGAUGUAACGCCAUGGAUGAGGCAAUGUCAAAACCCGAGUUUAUUCUCUCAUCAAACCCUGAUGACUGGGUUGAGGUACAGAACUUGCUGAAGAGAAAAGUAAUCCUAGAAGAUAAUUUCAUGUGGUCAAUAUCUGCAUCUGAAUCUAGCUUAAAGGGGACAUCUGAAAGUCAUAGAUUACGAUUUAUUGGAGGGGUUGACAUUAGCUUCUGCAAAGACGACCCUUCUAUAGCUUGUGGUGCCAUUGUUAUCGUGGAUAUUGCUAGUAUGGAGGUCGUGUAUGAUGAUUACAAUCUCACCCAGCUUCAAAUUCCAUACGUUCCUGGCUUUCUGGCCUUUAGAGAGGGUCCUGUUCUACUAGAGCUUCUGGAGAAAAUGAAGCUUCACACUAAGCUAUAUUAUCCCCAGUUGUUGAUGGUUGAUGGGAAUGGCUUACUUCAUCCCCGAGGUUUUGGUUUAGCUUCUCACCUUGGUGUCAUGGCAGACCUUCCUACUAUUGGGGUUGGUAAAAAUCUGCACCAUGUGGAUGGUUUAACACAAUCUGGAGUGAAAAAACUUUUGGAAGGAAAUACAAAAAGCGAUGGAGAUGUUAUAACAUUGACCGGUAACUCUGGCUUCACUUGGGGAGUGGCAAUGCGCUCAAGUGAAGAUUCUAUAAAGCCGAUCUUCAUAUCAAUAGGUCACCGCAUAUCCCUUGAAACAGCCACUAAAGUUGUUAAAAUGUGCUGUAAAUAUCGCAUUCCGGAGCCCAUUCGCCAAGCUGAUAUCAGAUCAAGGGCUUAUCUUCUAAGGAACGCAAGAAGCUUGAAAAUUGCUUACGAGGCUUCAUCUUCUAGGCCUGCUUGUAAUAGAGAAUGACUCAGGUAUUUGAACGCUCAUGCAAUGGUUUGGUUUACUUGCUACACAUGUUACUGUUAAUGCCUGCAAUGUGUCUUUUAUAGAAAGUUCUCAUUUUGGGUUGUAAUUUAUUGUUGUAAUAAUGAUUUUUUUAACUUUGUAUAAAUUUUUUGGGGUAUAGUGACUGGAAUAAUUUUGUAAUAUUUC